UGACUAGCCGCACACAAUCUGAAACCCAAUUUUUCUUUAUUACAACGUAAGGAGAAAACAGAACUCAAACAAGAGACCCUUUUGCUGUUGAGCUUGAGAGGCACUUCUGAAGAGAUGGCAGCUGAAACUCCCAUCCUCCACUCUUACUACAGAAGCUCCUGCUCCUGGAGAGUGAGAUUUGCUCUUGCACUGAAAGGUAUCGAGUACGAGUACAAACCUGUUCAUCUGGUACAAGAUGGCGGACAACAGUUUGCAGACUCGUACAAAGCUUUGAACCCUCAGUGUGUGGUACCUACCUUGGAGAUAGACGGACUAGUCCUCACAGAGUCUCUGGCCAUUAUCGAGUACCUUGAUGAGACGAGAGGCCCACCGUACUUUGUUCCCCACGGAGACCCUGCCAAGAGAGCACGGGUCAGGUCGAUAUCCAACAACAUUGCUGCUGGGAUUCAGCCAAUACAGAACCUGAGGGUGCUCAAGUAUGUUGGGGAUGAAAAGAAAUUUGAGUGGGGCAAGCACUGGAUCACCAAAGGAUUUGACAGUUUGGAGCUGGUGCUUCAGAAAACGGCAGGGAAGUACUGUGUGGGGGAUGAGGUGACGAUGGCUGACCUCUGUCUAGUACCACAGCUCUAUAAUGCUAACAGGUUCAAAGUUGAGAUGAGUGUGUACCCGACCAUCACUAGAGUGUGCUCUGCUUUGGAGACUCUGGAGGCCUAUCACAAGUCACACCCUGACAACCAGCCCGACACACCUCCAAAGACAUAACUAAACUCUUUGGCGACUGACUGACUGACUGCGACUGCCCAUUGUUAUUUUUGACAUUUUAGGUUUUAAUAAUUACGUUGUGAUGUUGAGUGAA